CUAUGAGCCCUGGAUAAUGAAUUGAUUACUGGUGUGAAACGAGAGUUCGUUUUUUUUUUAACUCUCAUUUUCCUCACUUUGGACUGGACAGUGUCCUCGCCCGGGUCUGCGCUCCACUGCCCUUGUAAACUACAGUUUUAAAGGUGAACCUGCCGCCUUCAUUCUGCCGACACCCAGGUUUUUCAUUUUCUUUCCCGUCGUCAAGCCUUUGCCGAUAAGCGGCGUCGAGAAGGGACCCCCCGGGAGACACGGUGUGCGCGAGCUGAUAAACCUAUCUUCCUCGCGCAAGCGAGACUUUGGACCCGUCAUCCAAGCCCAUUUCCAAGACAAGCGAAGGAGGUGCAUGAUGUCAAGCACGAUCGCAGCCCGUUUCGUCGGUCCCAGAACUCCAGCUGAUUAGGGAGGGGUGGUUUGUUGACGAAAGCAAGGAACUCCUAGGCUGUCGUUUCCAGUUUUUGAACAGUCUCCAGGCUCACCCACAAGAGACAGCAGAGACUCGGGCUCCUGUCACAGAGCUGAAAACAUGGGAAGCAUCUCUCGAGAAGGCACGGGAACUACAACAGACCCGAACCGGGGAUGGCAGGAAGCCCAGCAGCACUUCAGAUUACUAAUGGAGCCGAACCACGUAGACUAUCGCUCUCUAAAAAGAGACUACCACCACAGGGUGUUUGUGAACAGAAGCCUGACUCUGGAGAAAAUCAAUUGCUAUGGCUUUGACAUGGACUACACUCUGGCAAUGUACAAGUCCCCUGACUACGAGGAGCUGGGCUAUGAGCUGCUGAUGGACAGGCUGGUGUCGAUUGGCUACCCACAUGAAAUACUGCAGUACAAAUACGACCCAAACUUCCCCACCAGAGGGCUGGUGUUUGACACAAUGUACGGAAAUCUCCUCAAGGUGGACUCACAUGGCAACAUCCUAGUGUGUACGCAUGGCUUCACGUUCCUCAAAGGGGCACAGAUCCAGGAGUAUUAUCCCAACAAAUUUAUCCAGAGGGACAACACCGACAGAUUCUACAUUCUGAACACCCUCUUCAACCUAUCAGAAACUUACCUGUACGCCUGCCUCGUUGACUUCUUCACCAACUGCACCCGAUACACCAACUGUCAGAAAGGCUACAAGCAUGGAGACCUGUUCAUGUCAUUCAAGAGCAUGUUCCAGGAUGUGCGAGAUGCCAUGGACCAUGUGCACGACACUGGAAUCCUGAAGCAGAAGACCCUUCAGAACCUGGAGAAAUAUGUUGUCAAAGACCCCCGUCUCCCUCUCCUCCUCAGCCGAAUGAAUGAGGUGGCCAAAGUCUUCCUGGCUACCAACAGCGACUACAAUUACACUGAGGCCAUCAUGAACUACCUGUUUGACUUUGCUCAGGGUCCCGAGCAGGGAGGCAGCCCCAGACGGCCCUGGCGAUGCUACUUUGACCUGGUUGUCGUGGAUACAAGAAAGCCGCUGUUCUUUGCGGAGGGAACGGUGCUGCGCCAGGUGGACACGGACACAGGCAAGUUGAGGAUCGGUACAUACACAGGAGGGCUGCAGCACGGGACAGUAUACUCUGGAGGCUCUUCCGACAUCGUCUGUGACCUACUGGGCGUGAAGGGGAAGGACAUCCUCUACGUGGGUGAUCACAUCUUUGGGGACAUCCUCAAAUCCAAGAAGCGCCAGGGCUGGAAGACCUGCCUGGUGGUCCCUGAGCUGGCCAAGGAGCUGCAAGUGUGGACGGAGAAGAGCCAUCUCUUUGAAGAGCUGAAGAGUCUUGAUGUCUUUCUGGCUGAGCUCUACAAACACCUGGACAGUGGAAGCAUAGAGUGUCCCGACAUCAGUGCUAUUCAAGUCAGAAUCAAGAGGGUGACCCACGAGAUGGACAUGUGCUACGGGAAGAUGGGCAGCCUGCUGCGCUGUGGGUCCCGCCAGACGCUCUUUGCCAGCCAGCUGAUGCGCUACGCUGACCUGUACGCUGCCUCCUGCCUCAACCUGCUCUACUACCCCUUCAGCUACCUGUUCAGAGCCCCGCCCGUGCUGAUGCCCCAUGAAUCCACAGUGGACCACUACCCCCUAGACAUGACCGUGUCGGACUCCUCUGUAAGCAAUCGAGUCCUCCGCCUCACAGUGUCCAAGGCACGUGACCCCCGUGACGAGGAGAAAUGAGCCCAGGGGAGCUGGCGGCAACAAUAAACUGGACAAAAUCAUGGAAGAGGAAGUGGAAUUUUAGCCUGGAGAAGGGAAGGGACACAGGGAGAUGGGCUGGUCAACAGUAUUACCAACGUACAUUAAUAUAUUGAGCUUCAAGUCACAAAAGACAGUUUUUCCAGCUGUGACUACUGCAAGUUUUUUUCUGGUUAACAUGACUAAAUACUGGGAUUACAUCCAUCUUCAGCAUAACUGCAUAGAUUGCAUUGCAGGAAAAAAAUAAUGAGAAUAACAAUUAUAACAACCUCUCCAAAAGCUGUCAUUUUAGGUCUUGAGGUUCAAACACCUACUGUGGUUCAACCACUUGCUUGGCAUUUUCUCCCAGUUUACAGUAGGGUGGAUGAUUGCUGAUGCAGAAAAGUACUUGAUGUAGGAGUCAUCUCUGUGCCUUUUGCAAUUUGGACUCAUAUUUAUCUGUGAUCCAGAGAGGUUAUUGCAAUCCCAAAUCAUACAGAAACUGUAACUCCUGUAUGAUACCAGAAUCCUUUGAACCUGGUGCCCAGCAGACUCAUUACAUAUCUGCCCUGGGUAUAGCAGACUGGUGUCUAGCCAGUGUACUGCUUCUGACUGUACUGUAAGUGCAGUCUGGUUUGCCACAGUAUGCGAUAAUUUUCAGUGCUGUCCGAUCUGUUUGUUUAGUGUGUGGAUGACCAUACAUGCAUUGUUUUUAAACCUGCCUGAGCAAACUUUUCAUGUAAUGUGCAAUAAACAGAGUCUGAGCGAUGUAAGUGAAAUUCCAUGUAGAAAUCUCUUGCCAGCAAGGAUACGGUUCAUUGGCUACUACCCAGAGUGGAAUGGAGGGAGAGCUAUUGUGAUGAUGCCUUUGAACAGCAUCCUUGUUAUUAAUUUUUCAGAAGGUGUAAGUUAGGACCCGCCCUAGAAAGAUCUUCGUGUGCCUUAAAUAUAUUCUGAUGGUAACUUUUUUAUAAAUACACUUUAAAAUUGCUGUGAAUAUUAAGACAGAAGUAUAUGUAAAGUAAGCUGGAAAUAAACAACUUUUAUACAACAUGUGGUAUGGAGAAAAAAUAAAAUGGAUUUUAAAAACCG